AUGUUUGUCACCGUGUCCUGGUUCAUCCCUUUGGACCACGUAGAGUCCCAGUCCAGGAAGGAGAACCGUCCUGAGGAGCAGCAGCAGGAGGAGGAGGAGGAGGAGGAGGAAGAAGACAUCCUUGAACCCAGCUCACUUUGGUACGACACUUACAGGAGAAGUGUGGUGUGGAGACAACCUCUGCAGCCCAGACAACACCACCUCACCACUGAAGUUACCUCACUGCAGGAGGCUCUAGUCAUGUAUCGACCUGACUUCAUCUGCCGCUCCAGACAACGCCUGCACAUCCUGACUCAGCACAACCAGGACAGGAAGGCCAUUGGGCGACCGGCAGGUGUGCUCAUGAGGGCUGUUCCUUGGAAGGAGAUGAUCCAACGCACCAAAAGGAUGUAUGACAGUCUACCUGAGGUACAAAGGAAGCGUGCUGCAGAGAGACAGAAAUCUCAGACACAAUCCAACCGCCUCAACGUGCAGCUCUACAACAAGAAACUCACCAAGCGUCUCCUGGAGAAUCGGCCAGCUGCAUCACAUAAAAAUUACUGGUGAUUUUUAACAUUUUAGUUUUUUUUUAAUAGACUGUUUUUAAAGUGUUUUGAAUGUUUGAGUAGACAUGUUAUCAAAUUAAACCUCCUUGACAAUCUGA